ACACACUGCCCAUCAUGGCCUUCCAGAUGGCGCCUGCGACGCCCCAGCGCCCCACCCCCGGCGCCUUUGUAAAUACGCCUGCGCCAAACCGACCCACCUUCGCUCGUACGGGUUCCAUGUCGCAACCGCCGUCGCAGCAGCAGCAACAGCAGACGCUGCCUGCGCCGCCCGCAGAGAGCCCCAUCGAUCGCGCCGCGCGGACCAUAAACAGCAUGCUGGACAGAGACAACCGGUUUCCCGCCCUAGAGGCCUAUAUUGGACAGGGCAUCUCGGGCGAAUACGAGAUACCGAGCGGUCAAGCAUGGGCGCCGUUCCAGAAGCUGAAAUCCUACAAGCUCCCCGAGGCCGUCUUCGAGCAGGUGGACCACACGCAAAUGUCGACGAGCAUGGGCUUGUUCGCUGAGAUCAAUCACGCCUGGGUUGUGGUGGACAACCAGGUCUACCUGUGGGACUACACGCACCCCAACCCCGAGCUCGUCGGCUUUGAGGAGCAACCGAGCAACAUUACCUGUGUGAAGCUGGUCAGGCCGCGCGCGGGUGUUUUCGUAGCCUCUAUUGAAUACCUCCUUGUCGUCGCAACCGUGUCAGACAUCUUCUUGAUUGCUGUAGAGUGCCAGAGAGGACCCGAGGGUGUUCACGGCAUCACAAUGUAUCGCACUGGCCUCUCUACCUCUGUCAGGAAGAUCAACGUGACUGCAAUCGCCGGCUCCGACACGACAGGGCGCAUCUUCUUUGGCGACGGCCAGACAGAGGACGUAUACGAGCUCAACUACCAACAGGAGGACAAGUGGUUCUCGAGCAAGUGCAGCAAGACCAACCAUGUUACCACCUCGAUCGGCCUGCCCGCACUGCCAUUCUACGGAGCGACACGGCAAGCCGGUAUCAUGCAGAUGGCCAUUGACGACACCCGGAACGUGCUGUACACGCUCUCUACCAACGGUACCAUCAAGGUCUACUAUAUGCGCGCGCCUAAUGUCCUGGAGAGCGCCCUUACCCGAACACGCACACAGAUUGAGACCAUGUGCGGGCACAUUGUACGGCCGACGGGCGUGCUGGACAAGAUGCAGAUUGUCAGUUUGAGUCCCAUCUCGAGCACCGAGGCCGACAACCUGUCGCUCAUGGCAAUCACAUCGUCAGGCUGCAGACUGUAUCUGAGCACAACAUCCGGCGGACAAUGGAGCGCAAACAACACCAGCGCGCCAAGCAGCAUGCAAUUACGACACAUUCGGUUCCCGCCAAACGACGGCCAGCCCUCGCCGCAGAGCAAUUCAACCCAAGUACAGCCAUACCAAGGAGGCACAGCGGUUGGUUUCGAAUCAAGGUGGCUCAGAGAAACUAAACUUGGCAUCAGAUAUCCUCCUGGUGCUUUCUUCUCUUUCGUCCUUCGCUCGCAAAACGACCCCAACCACCACAUGUUUGUUUCCGCCCCCCACUCCGGUUUGCUGGGCCAGCGGGAAAGCUCGGAGCCUCCGAGGUACACCGAAACCGGCUUUUUCACAGAACUCGUGGGACGGGUGCAGGAUAUCGGCCUGGUAUCCGAGCCCUUCUCCGCAAGGAACGAACCUCUUGGCUUUGGCAACGAGCUUGCUACCCAGUUUGACAAGCCUCUUUGCGAGUACGCCAUCAUUACGUCCAAUGGCAUUGAGACGGUCCGACGCAGGAGACUGGUCGACAUUUUCGCUUCCAUUGUCAAAAACGGAGGCCCCGAAGGUGCUGAAGCCGAUAUUCGCAAGCUCGCAAAGCAGUAUGGCCUGGCAGAAACUUCGGCUACCGCUUUGGCUGUUGCAUGCGGCCAAGGCUCGGAUGUUGGCCCCGACUCGAGAAUCGCAAAAGUCACGGAUCCUGAAGUACUCGAUUUUGCUCGCAGAGUGUUUAUUGAAUUUGGUGGAAAGGCACAUUUGACAGAGAGUGCCACUGUAGAAGGCCUGAGCGUUGAAAACGUCCGAGCAUCGCCGCGGCAUGAUGGUAUUGCCAUGUAUGUUGCGCGCAUUGUUCGCUCCAUCUGGAAUACCCCCAUCAUCACCGAAACAGCCACCCCGGCCGGGCCGGCGCUUACUUCGACACACAAAAUAUCAAAACUGCAGGAGGUGCAGCGCUGUUUGGCGCAACUACAGGAGUUUCUGGAGUCGAACAAGUCGUUUAUUGAAGGCUUGGCUGGCCCAGAGGCAUUGGGACGCGCAACAUCGCGGCAAGAAGAGGUCGAGCUGCAGGGCGAGAACAGGGCGCUUACCAGCCUGCUGCAAAUGGUCAACAACAUUGUCGAGGGCAUCUCCUUUGUGCUUGUCCUGUUUGAGGAGCGUUUGGAGGACAUUUUGGCUCUGCUACCAGACCCCCAACUUCAAGCAAGAGUGCGCCAACUCACCUUCCAGGGCAUCUUCUCGGUGAAAGAAGGCAGAGAAAUCGCCAGGGAACUAGUCAAGGCCAUUGUCAACCGCAACAUUACCAAGGGCUCAAAUGUCGAGUCAGUCGCCGAGGCCCUUCGGAGAAAGUGUGGCAGUUUCUGUAGCUCAGACGAUGUUGUCAUCUUCAAGGCACAGGAAAGCCUGAAGAAGGCUGCCGACAUGGGUGCAAAUGCCGAGCGCGGACGCAUCUUGCUCAAUGACAGCCUGAGCUUGUUUGAGCAGGUGGCAAAGAGCCUGAGCUACGAGAAUUUGGCUGCGACUGUUAACCAAUACAUCCAGCUCGAAUUCUAUGCUGGUGCCAUCAGACUUGCACUCAAAGUCGCCCAGGAAUGGGAUCGGGGCAACAAAGCUCUCUCCUGGGUCAGGGACGCCCGCGACCAUGCUGGCGAUGUGAACGACCCGCGCUGUCACUUUUACGAAAAGCGCGCCUCUUGCUACACGCUCGUCUGCAACGUGAUCGAGGCUGUCGAUUAUGCCUACAACACCCAAGGCCCUGUGCCCGAUGGUGUCAUUUCCCAGGUUACUCGCCGCAAACACGAGGCGUAUGACCAAAUCAACAAUUCAGAAGACGAAGUCUUCCAAAACUACUUGUAUGAUUGGUACAUGGAGAAUGGAUGGGCUGAGCGAUUGCUCGAGAUCAACUCGCCGUUUGUAGUCGAUUACCUACGGCAAAGUUCAGAGACGAACCUGGCCCAUGCGGAUCUGCUGUGGCGCUACUAUGCGCAUUACAACGACUACCUGAGCGCAGCUGAGACACAAUACCAGCUCGCAAAAAGCAGUCUCCCUCUGACGCUGGAAAAGAGGAUUGAGUAUCUGUCGCGGGCCAAGGCAAAUGCUUCUACACGAAUGACUGGAUUUUCCGAAACCGGAGUACGCAACCGGCAAUCCAGGCAAGAACUGCUGCGAAACAUCAGCGAUCACCUCGACAUUGCCAACAUCCAAGACGACGUGUUGCAGCGAAUCAAGGGUGAUGAGCGGCUCGUUGGCAAGCGCAGAGAAGACGUCAUCGAGCAUCUCAAUGGUCAAAUCCACCCUCUUGACGAGCUCUACCACGACUACGCCGAUCAGGCCGGCUACUAUGACAUUUGUCUCCUGAUCUACCAUGCUGCAGACUACCGCAGUGUACCUGACAUUCGCUCCACGUGGACCAACCUCAUUGACCAGACCCAUCGGAACGCUGUCGCUGAUCGGCAGGCCGCGCCCUGGGAGAUCGUCGCGCUUAAGGUCGAGGAUCUCGGUCACCGCACCAACCUGAACGACAACGUCUUCCCUGUCAACAUUGUCCUGCAACUGAUCCUGCAGUACGAUUUGGAGUUCUACGUCCAUGACGCCAACUCAGCCAACGCUCAGAACUUGGCGCUCAACUCAAACCUGACGUGGCCGAUCGAUGUCUUCCUCAAGCUAAAUGCGCCAUUUGAGAGCCUGGUCGCUACGCUUGAAGCACUGUGGUAUGCGCAAGAACCGCCAUUCACAGGCCGCAACCGCAAACUGCUUGUCAAGUGGAUCAUCUACCUCGUCGAGCAGUGGGCUGCCGUCAGCAGGCGGACAGGUGCGCUAUUUGGCGGACCUGAGAACGCAAUCGGACUCGCUGAGGUCAUGCGCAUUAUUCUUGGUAGCGACGUUCUUGGACGAGACUUGGAGGAUCAGUCGUGGGUUCAGCGAGCGCGGGACAUCAACGCUGUUGUAGAAGAAGCUGCUCGCUAAACGCCCAUGCGACAUGCGACGUGUAUGGCGUGAAGAGCAGGUGCAUUGGGAACGUUGUGAAUAUGUAUGGAAACGAUGAUUGUGCAUUUGGGUUUUUGUCCGUUACCAUUCUUGCAGCGCGAGGCGUUGAAUAGGGUGUAUCAUCAGUAUAGGAGCUGGCGUCAAAAGCAUUAUUGUCUUACAAGCACAUUUGGCAAGACGCAAUAGAAGCCAGCAAGGCCAC